UCUCGCGGGGCGCAGACUGCAUGGCUCCUCUCUGCCUCAAUUGCUCCACCCUCCCUGGAGACAGGUCCCUGGGUACAAGGAGCCCGGUGCCCUGCAAUGGCAGCAGCGUCCUGGGGCCCUUUGACCCCCAGGACUUGAACCUGACUGAUGAGGAGCUCAGGCUCAAGUACCUGGGGCCCCAGCAGACGGAGCUGUUCGUGCCCAUGUGUGUCACGUACCUGUUGAUCUUCGUGGUGGGCGCCGUGGGCAACGCGCUGACCUGCAUGGUCAUCCUGUGCCACAGGGCCAUGCGCACGCCCACCAACUACUAUCUCUUCAGCCUGGCCGUGUCGGAUCUGAUGGUGCUGCUUCUGGGUCUGCCCCUGGAGCUCUACGAGAUGUGGCACAACUACCCUUUCCUGCUGGGCGCCGGGGGCUGCUACUUCCGCACGCUGCUCUUCGAGACUGUCUGCCUGGCCUCGGUGCUCAACGUCACCGCCCUGAGCAUAGAGCGCUACGUGGCCGUGGUGCACCCGCUGCAGGUCAGGUCCGUAGUGACGCACGCCCACGUGCGCCGCGUGCUCGGGGCCAUCUGGGGCCUCGCCCUGCUCUGCUCUCUGCCCAACACCAGCCUGCACGGCAUUCGGCAGCUGGACGUGCCCUGCCGGGGCACAGUGCCCGACUCGGCCGUGUGCACCUUGGUCCGCCGGAGAGCCCUCUACAACCUGGUCGUGCAGGCCACCGCGCUGCUCUUCUUCUGCCUGCCCAUGGCCGCCAUCAGCGUGCUCUACCUGCUAAUCGGGCUGCGGCUGCGGCGGGACAGGCUGCUGAUCCUCAGGCAGGAGGCCAAGGGCAGGGCCAGGACUAGCGACGGCCGCAGGCUCCAGCCGCUGCAGGAUAGGGGUCGGACACAGGUGACCAAGAUGUUGUUUGUGCUGGUCGUGGUGUUUGGGAUCUGCUGGGCCCCGUUCCACGCCGACCGCCUCAUGUGGAGCCUCGUGUCCCGCUGGACCGAGGGCCUGCACCUGGCCUUCCAGCACGUGCACGUCGUCUCCGGCGUCUUUUUCUACUUCAGCUCGGCCGCCAACCCCGUGCUUUACAGCCUCAUGUCCAGCCGCUUCCGGGACACCUUCCGGGAGGCCCUGUGCCUGGGGACCCGGUGCCGCCGCCACGGUCCCCGCCACAGCUCCCGCAGCCUCAGCAGGGUGACCACGGGCAGCACCCUGUGUGACAUGGGCUCCUCCGGCAGCAGGGCCCAGCCCCUGGCUGAGAAUGGUGGCCCAGAGGCGUGGCAAGAGACGGACCCCUCCCGAGAGGAGCCUCAGGCAGCUUCACCCUGA